GUGACGUCAUGACGCAGGGCUUGCAGGGUGUUCUCCGCCCUGCUCCUCGAGCCGUCACAUUCUUCUGUUCCUCGUCGUCCCGGACACACCUCGACCGACACAGCCAUGUCUGAUUUCUCGGAAGAUCAAGUUAUGGAGUUUAAGGAGGCGUUCCUGCUGUUCGACAGAGCAGGAAAUGGGACAAUCACCCAAAGUGUCUGUGGGGACGUCAUGCGCGCCCUGGGACAGAACCCGACCAAUGGAGAGGUGCUCAAAGUCCUGGGCAACCCCAAGGCCGAGGAGAUGAGCAUCAAGACGGUAGACUUUGAGCAGUUCCUCCCCAUGUUACAGGCCGUCAGUAAGAAUAAAGACCAGGGCUCCAUGGAAGACUUCGUGGAGGGGCUGCGCGUCUUCGACAAGGAGGGCAACAGCACAGUAAUGGGAGCCGAGCUACGUCACGUCCUCACCACGCUCGGUGAGAAAAUGACAGAGGAGGAAGUGGAGACACUCUUGGCAGGACAUGAAGAUGCAAACGGAUUGAUCAAUUACGAAGUCUUUGUCCGCCACGUCAUGCAAUCCUGAGGGCCGAGCUGGUCAGAAUGGUUAUGAACGGGUGAAGAAGAAGAACAUCCUUCCCCUCCCUUAUUCAACUUUUCACAUCUAACGUCUUUUACAUUCCCCCUCCAACCUUUUCCAUCAGUUAUUCCCCACAUUUAAUUUAAAAAGUGCCUUUUCAUUCCCUAAUAAAAGACCACACAUGAUCCUGGCUGUUGUUUCCAGGUUCAUUCACGUUUGACCAACUUGUAAUCUUUAAGUUUUUCCAUCAUUUAUGAGCAUUCGAGUUGUUGAUCUGUUGGAUUCAACAUUAUUCCAGUAACUUCUUAAAGCUCUAUUUGGCUGAGGAAAUAUGUGGCGAUGCCAUAUUAUUGUAAGGAGGAAAAACAUUUCAGAUUUCUCUCCAUGUUUUUAUUUUCUUCAAUGGUUUUUUUGCCACAUUUAAAUAAAGGUUUUUCCCUCAAGUUUA